ACAAGCAAAUAGAUCCGGAGCAAUCCAGAUCUAGAUACAACAAAAACACCCUAAAUAUGAUAAAAUUUCAGAUUUCAAACUGUUGCAAAAUCAAAAGCCGAGGCAGUGAUUUGUAAUUAUCAUUACCAAAAAUAUCAAUUUUAGAGCAUGUUAAUUACUUUCCCAUUACAGGAAAUUAUUUUCUUAGCAAAUUCUAGCAUGUCAUGAGUUCCUUCUAAAACCACCCACCAAACCACCAAGCAUAAAAAAAUUCGAGAUCAUCAAACAUAUACACAACAUAUAUAAAAAUCACAGAUCUGUAAACCGAUUUAAAACUCGCAAUUUAUCAUUUUUUUUUAGUUUAAGUUCCAUAAUCACUUUAACCAUAGUUCAGGACGUCCUUACCCAAAUCUGUUCACUCCCAAAACCUACCAAAGAGCCGAAAAGUAGAAAUCAGAGCCUCGAAUAAACAAAGAAAAAACCAAAUAGCAAAAAGAAAAAAACCUACUUAGGUUAAACCCUCGCCGCCGGCUCUGGCGCAGGCCGCGCAACCGGCGACCGCCGCCCUUCCCUUCCUUCCCUCGGCAGAGAUCCGAAACAUAAACAAUAAAAAAACACCAAAGCUCAAACAGGUUAAAUCUCUAUCUAAUGCAUAAAUCGAACUAAAAGAGACAUGCAUGUAGAAAAAUCUUACCAGAGGGUAAGAGUCACCCCUCGUCGCCAUCGUUUUGGUGAGGAAGGUCGGGUUGAGAUACUAGGCGAACAGGCGAGAGUCCCGCCUCGGUUCGAGUCGAUUUCCGGAAAAACAAAAGAAAACGAAAAGAAACUUAGUAGAAUCCAUUUGAAAAUCAGAAAAUAGAAAGAAAAAAGGCCAUGCAUGUCUCGAUCUUACCUAGAUCGAAACCUUCUAGGCUGAUUUAACUCGACGCAAGCGGUCUCCUUGGCUAACCGAGAGAAAGAAAGAGAGAGGGGCGGCGGUUGAAAGUCGAAGAGCGUUGUUUUAGGUUUUGAUUUUGGUUUUUCUCUGGAAGGGAAGGAAGAAGAAGAGGCUGGCGGCGGUGAAAACCCAGAGGGGUUUUUGGUUCGAAGAAAAGAAGAUGAGGGCGGCGCUGUUUUUGCUAGGGUUCUAGCUUGCUCUCUGGAAGAGAGACGAGAGAUGGAGAGGCAGAAAGGUUUGAGAGAUGGAGAGAUAGAGAGUGGCGGCCGUUUUUGGUCUGAUUGGAUUAGGGUUUCCAUUUUCGAUUUAAGAGACAAAUUUAUACCCACCCGAAAACGACUAAACUACCCCUAGGGUUUAUGGUUUAUUACUUGGCCUUGCCACCGCGUUUUUGGUUAUUUACGAAAAUACCCUUUCCCCUUCUCUGAAGUAAAACGAAGGAUCUAUAAAAAUUUGUUGCAAGGGGGUUUCGAACCCGUGUCCUCGCGCUCGAACAACGCGUUUAGGACUGACGUUUCGGCCAGUUGGGCUGCUGGCCCAUCAUGCACUGGCUUAAUCAUCUUGUUUAAUUUUAUUCUUAUAAAAUCCUUAGUACGAAAUGAAUUGCGGAUUAAAUUUAUCUCGUUUCUUUUCAAUACGUCACAAUACUUCCUAAUAACUAAAAUACUUGCAUUUGUUGUCAUAACCUCAUAAUAAUCUAAAUGAAUUUUUAAUAACAAUAUUAUAAUACGAAAUUCACGAUCAGUGGAACGUGAUUACGAUUAAAUUUUCAAAGUCCAAACGAACUACGUGGACUUUGAUCCCGUCUAACGGGUACGUAGGCAACCGAUAAGGUUCGAGUCCAACUAAUCAACUAACUUUAUCUUUAAAUUUUUACGUCAGUGGGCGAUAAUUAAAUUACAACUAAUACGACUCAAUCAUUAAAUGGUCCAGUGGGACCCUAAAAUUACAAAAUUAUUACUAAAAUACACCCAACUCGCAUAAAAACUUAUCGACUUAAGUAGUACCGAUUUAGGGCGUUGUGGGGGUGUUGCUUAACUUCCCCACACGUAACCGUACUCCCGAACCCAGAACUUUAUUUUCGCAGACCAGAUCUCGGUUCUGACCCUAAGGUUAGAGCCGAUCCUAAGAGUGUUCGAUCCACUCCAAGUAAGAUCGAUGGCGACUCCCAAAAACGCCGACGCGACGACGUUCGGACCCCCGGACGGGACGGUUGCGACAGUUGGCGACUCCGCUGGGGACUAUUAGAGAGUCGAGCUACAUAAUUAAGUUUGAUAAGUUUUUCUAACUUCCUAUUACGUGUUGGGUGUUUACUUUAUUAUUUGCGCAAUUAUAUUUUCGCAAUUUAAUUCUGCAUUCAUGCAUAAAAGCUCUAUACCCGAGCUAUCCUAUUAGAAACGGAAAAGGAGUACCGUGACAUCCACAGUAGUGGUAGUCACGCAAAACUUUCUAACCAAGUUGAACUCGGAUCCAAGGAUGAUCUCGAGGUAUCUAGCCAGUUCGAAAGGGCUACGGCAGGAUACAACUUGGGAACCAAAUCCCUAGGAAUUUCUCUGCCAGCAUAUAGUAAGCAUAGAGGCCUCCCUAAACCGUCCAAAACAAUCCCCAAAGACACCAUGAAACCGUGUCGUUACGCCAUUCGAAAGCCCUAUGUCUACCUAAUUAGGGUAAUGAUGUAAUGAUAUGUGUUUGCUUAUCCAGAUGUAUGUUUGAUUACGAUGUAAUGAUGUGCGUUUUAUCUUUUACUCGUAAAACUGUGUGAUUGCAUUAAUGAAAAACGUUUUGAAAAUUCAUAAACAUUGUUCUCUCAUAAGAUUUUCAUUCACCCAUUCACAAUUUUAUCAUAAGAAGCUUAAAAAUGCAUGCAUGAGAUGAAAAAUGAUUUUGCAUUCAUACAUCAUUGCAUUUUUGCAUAAGCAUCAUGCAUAAAUAUAAAGAACAAAAUUAAUUUAACACUGUUGAGACAAAAUCAGGUUUCCUUAAAAUUGCUCGUCCACAAGGAAAAAGUCAGGACUUCAAGUACUUAACUAAAUCCAAGCUCGAGUUCGUCAUGGAAGUGUUCCAGAAAAAGUUAAGCGACAUUGAAGGAAAGAUAACCGGAUUCGAUGAAAAGCUAGCCGGGUUCGAUGAAAUGAAGGAUCAACUGAAUAUGAUAGUAAAUAUCUUAUUAGCUAAAGGGAAAGGGGUAGUAUCUAACGAUGGAGAAAUACACUCUGAUGAAGAAGAUCGCGAUGGGAACAUGAAAGGUGAAGCUUCUAGUGCCAAGAUCCCCGUCAUACCCUCAAAAGACGUAUUUGAAAAGAAGAACAUGGGAUCUCCAAUACAUGAUCGAGAGGAAGACAAAUUGGAAGAAGCCAUGGACGACGUCCUAUUAAAAGAAAAAUGGGAAUACCUGGAUGAAAGGGUGAGAGCAAUUGAGGGGGUAGAAUCCUAUGGUUCUACAGAUGCCAAACAAUUGUGCCUAGUGCCAGACGUAAUAAUUCCCAAUAAAUUUAAAAUUCCAGAGUUUGAAAAGUAUGACGGUACCACGUGCCCCAGAAACCAUCUGAUCAUGUAUUGCAACAAAAUGGCUAACCACAUUAGAGACGACAAGCUCAUGAUACAUUGCUUCCAGAAUAGCCUAAGUGGUUCGGCGCUAAGAUGGUAUAUGCAACUCGAAAGAUCGAAGGUGAAGAGGUGGCAAGAUUUAGCUGAUGCGUUCAUAAGACAUUACAAGCACAACCAAGAUCUAGCUCCUGACCGAGAAGAUUUACGUAACAUGGAAAAGCAAGAAAAUGAAUCUUUCCGUGAAUAUGCACAGAGGUGGCGAGGAAAGGCCGCAGAUGUUCAACCCCCGUUGUCAGAAAAAGAAAUGGUUUCGACCUUCUUCGAAACACUAAAGCCUCCAUAUUACAACAACAUGGUAGGAAUCACUACAACAAACUUUGCUGAUUUGUUAGUAAUUGGAGAACGAAUAGAGAAGGGGAUUAAGCUAGGAAAAAUGGAAAUCCCAGAAGCCUCUAAGAAACCGCACCAAGCCCGAAGGGGAGAAGGAGAAGUCAAUUAUACUCAAACAGAAUCAUCAAGAGGGAGAAGGUGGGAUCAUCAACCUCAGGCCAAUCAAGCUCGUCCCCAUGUUGCAAACCCUGCCAUGAUUAGACAUCCAACUUUUUCUACUCAACGAACAAUCCAAAGCCCGACACAAAUCGCACCACCAAAUAACCAAGACCAGAACAAUCCCGGGAAAUACAAAAAACCUCUCCAAAUCGACCCUAUCCCCAUUACAUACACCGAACUUCUCCCCCAACUAAUUCAGAGUCACCUAAUUUCCCCAAUACCAUGUGAGCCAAUGAAACCUCCAUAUCCAAAUUGGUACAGGUCAGAUCAACACUGUGCUUACCACUCAGGAGUAGCGGGACACUCAACUGAAGAUUGUCGAAUGUUCAAGAUCAAAGUCCAACAAAUGAUGAAAGCUGGUUGGUUAAAGUUUGAAGAAGAUCCUAAAUCCCCAGACGUCAGCAACAACCCACUGCCAACUCAUGAGAAUUAGUAGGCAUGUUACAAGGCAAAGCUCGAUUCAAGGAUGAUGUUGAUCCUAUCUAAUAAAUGAACUAUCGAGAUUAUUGCCAUAGCAAAAUAUGUAUCACUUUUGCUUUUAUCAUCAUAAAUAAAAGGUCUCUCAUGUUUCGACCUCUUUGGAGCAUCAAGUGAACAGUGUCAAUCUUUAUUUAAGAGUUCGCAUCAAUGAUUUGUUUGUAUAACAAAUGCCACUUCCAAUCUUAAAAAAAAAAAAAAAAAUUCUAAAAAAAUGAAAGCCAUCAAAAUCCAGUUUUAUUUUCAAGCUAAAGCCAUGAGAUUUUCAUGCCAAAAAAAAUGUGAGUACCCCACUGGUGCUGAGAUUUGGGACACCCCACUGGUGUCAAGUGAUUAUAAACACCAUGCUACUGUCAAUAAUUUGAACACCCACUGGUGUUAAGAGUGUACGUGUUUUGCUAAAAUCGAGAGAUAAACACCCUACUGGUGACCAUGAAUAGUCAAAAGGUGUAAUGAGUAUACGACAUCAUGCUACUUGUAGAAUCUCGUCACCAUUAUAGUCGACUUUCACCACCAAAUUGAGGCUCAGUUUACGUGAAGUCAAAUAGCCAAACCCCGAUGCACAUGGAGCCAAACAUUUCUAUAAUAGCAAGAAAACCCUCUCAGAGUCUCACGAGUGAAGCACUCAUAUAUACAAACAAGCACAUUGCGUCAGAAUCCUCGCUUGUACGGAAAAAAGAAUAGUCUAUUCAACCUAGCCAACGAGAAGAGGCACCCACAUUAUCAAUCAUCAAGACAAACUCUCCACUUUUCGAUACUACUCCUACCAAAGACAAAUUCUAGAUCAAGGAAAAUGAGAAGCACAUAUGGGGGCAUACCAUAGCCAAGUAAGUCCCGCACGAAGAAAAAAGCUGGAAAAAAAUAAAUAAAUAUUUUGUGGGACUUACAAAUUAGGUGCCCCUAAUUAAGCAUUUGAAGUAUCAACCGCAUGCAUCAAGUCAAGGUCUUACAAGGAAAAUAUAAUGACCUCAAGCCAAGACCUUCCAUGAUAAGAAAGCCUUUUCGGCCAAAAUCACUUCGUCCCAGAUAUUCAUCAUUUUGAGAGCAAGUCAGAAGCUAAAGCUCCACCACAACCCACAUUUAGAGGUCAAACAAAAACCUUGACAAGUCCAUAACCAGAUUACAUUCGCAAAAACUUCAAAACCACGACUCUUGAAACCAUAAUCUCAAAGACAGGGGGCAAAGCCAGCCAAACACACAUUCCCCCAAAUAUGCUCAAGAUUGGCGACAUUUUCAAACAAAUCUUCGCCGAAAAAAGUCCGGGAUAGUAGUAGUUCUCAACCUAUCAUGUCAAUCCCAUACAUUGGGGGCAAAACCAGAAUCCCUCUACAAGAAGCCUUAGGGGUAAUACCAAAAUCUGACUUAUCUGUCACCCAUCUGGAUAAACCACACUUCAAGAGCAAGAAGCCUCUUUUAUGGGAGAUCAAAACGUCUGCGAUGAACCAUAUGGUGAUCUUCUAAAUCAAUUGCAUCAAGGGCUUCCACAUUAAGUAAAUCUUCACAAGAAACGCAGUUGGCCACCAACAUAAAAUGAGACAUCUCAAGGUGACCAGAAUCUUAAUGGUAGCUGAAAUGUCGUACACUCAAAUCACCUAUAGGAAUUAGUGGUGAGCAGAACCAAAAGUGGAAGUGAGAGCGAGCAAAAUCAAAAGCAAGAGUGAGAGUGAGGGCUUACUGAUAUUCUCAUGGCUUGACUUACACUUCUUUUAUUGAAAAAAUCAAAUUUGACCACAUGGCAACUACCACGCAAAAACGAUUUUAUCCAAUUUGCACACACUUCACAAAGCAAAGUCUUAAUAUGGCUUUCAUUAUUAAUUCUCCAAUAAACAUUUUCAAACAUU